CGAAACUUCCAUAGACUGCAGCACAUGUCUGUCAAUGUCCAAUCUGUUUCAAGCCAUAAUGUUUAGAUAGCAUCUAACAAGAAGAGCAACAAAUAUGUGUGAACAAACUGCACGUUUUGGGCACUUUGCGUGACUCAGAGAAAUCCACUCAGUCCAGUCACACACAAGAUGCAGCGGCGAGGAAGCAUGUCUUAUCCUCCUGAAUUCUCAGACCUGAAUAUUAUGUUGUUGGGUCUGACUGGAGCAGGAAAAAGUGCAUCAGGAAACACCAUCCUAGGUGGAGACAGAAAAACAUUUGAAGAACAUGAUUAUUUUACAUCUGAGACCAAAAUUUGCGCACCAGUGCAUAAAGUGGUGGACCGACGAACUCUCACUGUGAUCGACACCGUAGGACUCUCUCAUACAGCUGUGAAGAUUACAGAUGUUCAGACCCAAAUAGAGCAGAUAUUACAGAAUACACAACUUGAUGUCUUUCUGCUGGUGAUCAAACUGGGUGAGCCAUUCACAAAGGAGAAACGUGGAUCUGUGAAACGGAUCCAGGAGAAUUUUGGAGCAAAGGUCUUAAAACACACACUAGUGCUGUUUACUCAUGCAGAUCAGUUGCAUGAGCCAAUAGAAGAUUAUCUGGGAGAAUGUCAAACACUGCGGUCACUAGUUGAUCAGUGUUCAGGAGCAUUUCAUGUUUUUAACAACAAAGAUGAAGAUCGAUUUCAAGUCACUGAGCUUCUGGAAAAGAUUGAGUCUCUGAGGAGGAAGAAUGGAAACAGGAGAUACACUAAGCAGGACUUUAAGGAGACUCAGAAAGAUCUCCGGCUCAAGAAAUGUCACAUCUUCUUAGCAGCAAUAGCAUUAGGAGCAGCAGUGGUUUUAGCUGGAGCAACAUUAAGAGGCGGAGCAGGAGGAAGAGAAGGUGUAGGAGGAGCAGCGUUUGGAGGAGGAGCAGAUGUAUUGAGAGGAGCAGGAGUAGGAGAAGCAGCUAUGAUGAUGGCAUCAGUUGCACCACGUACAGGACCGGCAGCAUUACUAGGAGCAGCGGGAGGUGCAGCUCUCCUGGCAGUAGCAGCUUGUGCUGGACUCUAUUUUUUGGCAAGAAGAUAUCUCUCUAGAGAAAAUGAUAAAAGUGACUAAAAGAUGAGUAGAACAAACACAUUUGGAGUCAAAAAUCAAGUAUGUUUUUCUUUUGUAAAAUACUGUAUUAUACUAUCCUGAUGUUUGGAGGUUUUACACUAAGAAUGAAAUCUGAACACUGGAGAAGCCUUGUGUAACUGUGUCCAGCAGAGGGCGCUGUGUCAUGCCGUGAAUGUUUGCGCAUGCGUGAAUGCGCAGGUCUGCUGUGUGCUUCGACUGCACGAACAUUAGUUUUCUACAAAAUCGGUUUUUGCUGCUUGAACUGACUAGAAUUCUGACUGCUCCCUCCGUCAUGACAAAAAUGGAAAUAUGCAAACUAAACAAGAGCUGGUCUGAAUUGUAAUUUUAUCUAAUCUAAACUGUAUUUUGUUCAAAAAUAAAAUGUAUGGAAAUAAAAGUAAUCAAGGUGAUUUUAUGCACUAGCCUAUAUAUUAAUCAUCACAUGUAUAAUCCAUCACCCCCAUCCCCCAAAAUAAACUAGGCUGCACAA